AUGCUGAUGAACCGUGGUCUUCCUAUUGGUGAUGACUCGAGUAAUUCAAACGACGAUGAGAUGGGAGAAGAAGUGUCAUCAAGUAGACGAUUAUCGGAAGAUAGCUGGUGUAGUGAUGGAAUGAAAUCAGCUACAACAUUUGAAGAAAACGAACGGGUAGCAAAGGAACGACUUUUAAAUCUCUACCCACGUGCAGAAUUCAAGCGUCUACCUCGUGCAUGGAAUAAAAACGAUAAGUAUCACUUUUUGGAUAUUUCUCACAGCUCACUGAGAGUGAGUUAUAAGGGUAAUGGCAAACAGCAACAAAAAGAUGCAGCAUCUACUCGAGCUGACUUUCCCAUUCCACCACAAUGUGGAGUUUAUUAUUUUGAAAUUACUAUUGUUCGAGGGUUGAAGGGAUGUAUGGGUGUUGGUAUCUGCGGGAAAUCUGUUAAUCUAAAUAGAUUACCCGGAUGGGAUCGGUAUUCAUACGGUUAUCAUGGAGACGACGGGAAUUUCUUUUCAUUCUCUGGCAAUGGCGUUUCAUAUGGGCCUAAAUUCACUACCGGUGAUGUGAUUGGAUGUGGUGUAAAUCUGGUGAACAAGACAAUUUUCUUCACGAAAAAUGGAGUACACUUAGGAAUAGCUUCACGCGAAUUGGAGCACAUCGAUGAUCUUUAUCCAACUAUUGGUUUGCAGACUACAGGGGAAGUUGUGGAUGCGAAUUUUGGGCAAUGUCCAUUUCGUUUCGAUAUACGCCCGGAAAUGGAGGCAGCAAGGGCAAAAGUAGGCGCUGAAAUAUUGUCAGUUCAACUCCCCUCAGAGAAGACCGAUUGGAUGAAUAAACUCGUGUCGUCGUGGAUGGCUUGCGAAGGGCAUAGCAAAUCGAUGGCAUCAUUCUGUAGUGCCGCAAAAUUGGUACCCGAAGAAGGCGAACAAAGCAUUGAAACCAGGAAAGAAAUAGUUGCUCUUGUUCUAUCAAGACGCAGUGGUGAUGCGAUAUCUCGUAUGGAAGACGCUUACCCAGAUAUCUUUGUGCUCAAUAAGAAUAUCGCGCUAGCUCUCAAAUGUCAACAGUUUGUAGAAAUGGCAGCAGAGAUUGCACGACAGGAUGCACUUACAAAAGCUGCGACUAUUUCAAGCUCAAAUGGUCAAUCCUUGCCGCCUUCUGUGAUUACUCCAAGAUCUACUCACUCCUAUCCAAUAAAUCCACACAAGCGAACUUACGGUAAGUACGUAGAUUCCCAAACAGAAGAUAUUGAAGCUCCUCCGGCUAGGCGUACACCUCCGUUUGCUGAUGAAGAUGUCACUGUUCCAGUGGACAUGCAGAUGGAGGAAGAACCGUGUAGUUCCUCCGCCGUUCUUGCAUCUAUACGCAAUGGUCAGUCUGCUGAAGAAAUAAAAAAUGGCGCCGGAUCAGCCGAUGGAGGUUCUAUCGAUGACGGUGUUAUUCUCGGUGGUGAUGGAGAUCCUACAAUCAUUGAAGAGGAAAACACGGAGGAUGAAGAGGAUGUAGAGAUAGAAGACGGAAUCCGUCGUGCAGAAGAAGAAGCUGCAUGCACGGUCGAAUACCAGAAGUAUAAUGAAGUGAUCGAGUUCGGACGUUCCAUACACGCAUUGUCGCUACAGAUUCCUAAUUUGAGUGGAGAGGCUAAGGCUCUGUUGAAUGAUUCACUUGCAACAAUUUGUCUCCUGGAUUACGCUCAGUUCGAGUCCCAUCAUCUUCUCAGUGAGGAACAUUUACACAAUCUCGCCAAGCAAACUGCAGCAGCUAUUCUAGAGUUUGGAGGGCGAAGUCCUCAGUCACAGUUGUCUCGAUAUUUCCAUCUUUGGGCAAAGAUGCAAACUGAACUCUCCUCAGCAAAAAUACCUCACAGUGCUUUCACUGAUGUUGCGCAAUUGGUUUUUGGCACACCUAUUCCUCAAUUAGAUACCUGUUCAUCUUCGGCUGCUGCUGUUACAGAAGACACAAACAUGGUCGUAGGAUAA